CACCUCCUCGUUCACCUCCUCGUCCUCCACCUUGUCCACCUUGUCCACCUCCUCCACCUCCUCCUCACUCAUCCUCACCCUCCACCUCCUCCUCACUCAUCCUCAUCCUCCCUCCUCACCCUCCCUCUUCCAUCGCUUCCUCCUCCUCCGUUCUCGCGACAAAGGGGGAGCUCGCGGGAGAGACAAAGACCCCCCCCUGCCCCCCCCCCCCCAGGGGGUCCCUGCCCCCCUGAGCGACCCCCUUGAGCGAGGGGACCCUGCCAGGCUGGACCACUUAUAGGCCCGGUCAUCGCCGCAUCGCCAUGGAUCUCUCCCCUGCACGCGCCUCCUCGUGGCCAUCUUCGCCCAGCACGCGAGGCCCCGUGGGCCUCUCCACCUCCACCCGACUCCUCCGGCCCCCCCUCCUGCUGCUGCUGCUGCUCGUGGCCUCCUGGCCGGGCCCGGGGAGCUGCAAGCCGGCGGUGCCGCGGGGGGCCCCGGCGCGCGACCGCGUGGCCACCCCCCCGCGUCCCGACGCCGAGGGGGGGCAGCAGCGCCCCGAGGAGGUGCCCCCCCCCCCCAUCCUGGACCCCGAGGAGGCUCGGGCCUUCGAGAGCCUCGGCCCCGAGCAGAGCAAGCGGCGGCUCGCGGCGCUUGUGGAGCGGAUGGACGUGGACGAGGACGGGCUGGUGUCGCGCUCCGAGCUGCGCGUGUGGAUCAAGUUCACGCAGCGGCGCUACGCGGCCGAGGAGGUGGCACGCCACUGGCGCGAGUACGACGCGGACCGCGACGACCACGUGUCCUGGGACGAGUACCGCAACACCACCUACGGCUUCCACUUCGAGGAGGACGGUGGCGACGGUGAGGAAGGCGGUGGGUACCGGCGGAUGUUGGCGCGCGACCGGCGCCGCUUCUCCCACGCGGACGGCGACGCGGACGGGCGGAUGACUCGGGAGGAGUUCUCGGCCUUCCUGCACCCCGACGAGCACGAGCACAUGGCCGAGCUCGUCAUCACGGAGACGAUCGAGGACCUCGACAAGGACGGGGACGGAACCAUCGACAUCGAGGAGUACAUUGGAGACAUGUUCUCGCGGGAGCCGAGCGCGGGAGACGACGCGGACGGGGAGCGGCAGGGGGGGGAGGCGGAGGAGCCCGAGUGGGUGCGCACGGAGCGGGCGCAGUUCCUGGCGGUGCGCGACACGGACGGCGACGGCAGGAUGGGGCGCGCCGAGACGCGGGCCUGGGUGCUGCCCAGCGACUACGACCACGCCGACAUCGAGGCACAGCACCUGGUGCACGAGAGCGACGCCGACGCGGACGGCAAGCUGAGCGUCGAGGAGAUCCUCAACAAGUUCGACCUCUUCAUCGGCAGCCAGGCGACCAACUUCGGCGAGGAGCUCAAACGCCACGACGAGUUCUGAGACCCCCCCCCCUCCCCAACGCGCCGCCGAGACCGCGGGGGUUAAGGGGCCACGGGAAGAUGCGCCUGGAAGGGGGGGAGUACGCACGUGCGAUCGCUGGACAAUCAAAUCGGUUGGGGGGCGCCACGCUGGUGGGUGCUCGCGCGCCGUUCCGACAGCGCACGGCGCUGUCUCACGGACGGACGGAGGCGCUGUGUUUCACAGAUGGGGUAGAGUGUCACUCGUCCGCUCACCAACACGCAGGAUCCUCCGCUCACAUGCUCGCUCGCCUACUCACCCACCCACCCGCUCACUCACCCACCCAGUGGCCCACUCACCCACCCACUCGCCCACUCGCCCGCCCACUCGCCCAUUCACCCGCCCACUCGCCCUCUCACCCACCCACUCGCCCACCCACCCACCCACUCGCCCGCCCACCCGCCCACCCGUCCACCCGCUCACCCGUCCACUCACCCACUCACCCACACACUCGCUCACCCACCCAGUGGCCCACACACUCGCUCACCCACCCAGUGGCCCACUCACCCGAACACUCGCUCACCCACCCAGUGGCCCACUCACCCACACACUCGCUCACCCACCCAGUGGCCCACUCACCCACACACUCGCUCACCCACCCAGUGGCCCACACACUCGCUCACCCACCCAGUGGCCCACUCACCCACACACUCGCUCACCCACCCAGUGGCCCACUCACCCACACACUCGCUCACCCACCCAGUGGCCCACUCACCCACACACUCGCUCACCCACCCAGUGGCCCACACACUCGCUCACCCACCCAGUGGCCCACUCACCCACACACUCGCUCACCCACCCAGUGGCCCACACACUCGCUCACCCACCCAGUGGCCCACUCACCCACACACUCGCUCACCCACCCAGUGGCCCACACACUCGCUCACCCACCCAGUGGCCCACUCACCCACACACUCGCUCACCCACCCAGUGGCCCACUCACCCGAACACUCGCUCACCCACCUUAACUCAACCAACCGUGGGUGCAUUUGGAGUUGGCGCCAUUUCCCCAGUGUGCAAGGCCGUCGUGACGGACGGCCCCGCUAUGCUUCACCGACGGGUACUGCCGUUCGCUCGCGGUUGGUAGUAGCGGGCCACGUGGUGAUGACGUUUCCCCAGAGAGACAUUUGUGGGGCCAUUUUUUUUAUUGGCCGUGACGAAAUUGACGUCACAGGAUUUGUAACGUCCGCUGUGAGCAAAGCAGGUGGCGCCUAAUACGUGCACCGUGGUAACAUUACAACAGUUACUCUGUACACGCUUAAUAUACACCACCACUCGCCUUUUGCCCGUCCAAGGACGGGUGUAUUGCAGUAAAUCUGAAACUUGCAAGCGAAAAUCAGACCGCGACGUGAUAUAAUCAUUGUAUCAAUGCGUGUGCAAUUAGUAAGGGCACGGUGACACAAACCUACUUCAGUUACAGGUUCUAAUCCCUUGUUCAUCACUACGUCCUUUUUACUUCGAUGUCUCAACAGCGCUACGGAGACCGCGUGACGACGUGAGGGUUCUGCCUUGUGAGUGAGGGCUGUGAGUUGACGCCGUGGAGGGGGGAGGAGGCGCCUCGCCCCCCCCCCCAUGUGGAGUGACGUCAGCCGCUAAUUAUUAUGAAUGGGGGGAUGGGGGGGGGUGUCCGUUUGGAAGACGUCACCUCUUCAUGAUUAUUAAUGAGGGGGGCCGUUCGAUGUGCAGUAACGUCACCUGCUCAUGAGUAUUAAUGAGGGGGGUUGCUACAUGUGUAGUGACAUGAAUAUUAAUGACGGGUGGUGGGGGUGUGGCAUGUGGCUCAUUAUAGUAGUAAUAGUCUAACCAGGGCGGCCGCCGGGAUCGAACUGACCAGGUGAUGCGCCACACCUAUCACUCCCAGGUGAUGCGCCACACCUGUCACUCCCAGGUGAUGCGCCACACCUGUACGGCCAGGUGAGAGGGACACCUGGACGGCCAGGUGACAGGGACACUGACACUCUCGCUGUGAAGCACUCCUCCUACUGGGCCGGGGUACACCUGUUCUGUUUGAGGUGUACACCUGCAAUCUCUCAGGUGCAGAUAAUAAAGGUAAAGGCGCCAACCGUGCUAACUGGAGGCACCUCGAUGCGAAGAUUGGGAGUGGUUCGCAUCUUGAUGAGGCCACGUGAGUGAAGCCCCUUGUUUAGGGCCUGGGGAGACAAAGACGGAUGUGGGUCACGUGAUCACUGGCUCGGGUCGCCGUGCGCUACUGCUGCUGCCGCCGUCCGCGUGGGGUUUUUUUAAAGGCCGUGCGUUGUUGUUUACUGUUGCCUAUCGUCAUUUGUAAUCGAUUUUGUAAUUCAGACCAUAAUGAACUGGCCAAAGUUUUGUUGUGUAAGCCCUCCACCACCCGACACGGGUAAGCUCACCCACAGCUCACCCGGUGAGCCGAGCCGAAAUGAUCACAACCGGCGCUUGUGCCACGGGUGUGACGGUGGAAUUGGCAAGGCCUUGUCGGGUGGUGGAGGGCUUUCUCAACAACAUGUUUGCCAGAUCUUUACGUGGCCCAACGCGAACAUCAACAUCGAACCAGGAUAUCGGCUGCGAGAUCAUACGCGUUGAGUUGUUGAUGGCGGUUGUUGUUCUUGGUGGUGGUGAUUAAUUAUUGUAAAGAAACGUUGAGAAUCCUGCUGCA